AUGCAUAAUAUCACUGUUGCUAUUAGAGUUAAACCAGUUUAAUAAACCUUUAAAACUAUUAUUGUUAAUGGCUCUACGGUUACUCUACUUGAUCCUGAAUUAGAAUUCAAUAAUCCUGUCGAUGUAAAAUGACAUUUCUAUUUUAUAUUUUACAUCCUAAAGAUCCUGAAAAAGAAUAGAAUUAAAGAUACAUCUUAUGAAUUUGACCUUGUCUUUGAUUAAUAAGCCGAUCAAAAAGAAGUAUAUGAAAAAUCAGCAGAACCCCUUUUAGAUGAUCUUAUUUCAGGUUAAAAUGUAACUAUUUUUGCAUAUGGAGCUACAGGAAGUGGUAAAACUCAUACGUAUUAUUAUAAUCCCUAAUUUCUUAUAGCAUGAUGGGAAAUUAAAAUCAGUAAGGAAUUAUACCAAGAGCAUUGAAUGAUUUAUUUGGAAGAUUAUCAAAAGAAUAAGCUGCUUAAGUAUCAACAUUCUUAAUCUUUAGGCAUCACUUACUUUUUUAGAAAUAUAUAAUGAAACUAUUAGAGAUCUUUUGACUGGCAAAUUAUUGGAUUUAAGAGAAGAUGGUAAUAAAGGAUUAGUAGUUGUAAAUUUAUUCAAAGCACCUAUCCCAAAUCUUAAUGAUAUAACACAAUAUAUUAAAUAUGGUAAUAGUAGAAGAGCAAAGGAACCUACAGGUGCUAAUGAAAAUUCUACAAGAUCACAUACAGUUUUGUAAUUGAUGCUAAAAUAAUGCACCUUUACUUUUGUUGAUUUAGCUGGUUCUGAAAGAGCUUCCUAAACUACAAAUAAGGGAUAAAGAAUGGUAGAGGGAGCAAUGAUAAAUAGAUCCCUUUUAGUUCUUGGUAAUUGCAUAAAGGCUUUAUUUUCAAAAGAAUAAUUUGUACCUUUUAGAGGUAGCAAGUUAACAAGAUUAUUAAAGGAUGCUCUUUAAGGUAAUUCAAAAACUGUAAUGAUUGCUAAUGUUGCUCCAAAUAAUUAUGAAGAUUCAUUUAAUACAUUGCUUUAUGCUCAUAGAACUAGGAAUAUUGAUCCAACACCAAAUAAUUUUUAAGAGAUGAUUGUUUAAUUAAGAGAAGAGAAUGAAGAAAUCAAAAAGACACUUAAGAAAUAAAAUAGUUAAUCAAAGAUGUAAUUAUAAAUUGAGCAAUAAUUUAAAGAGUAAUAGAGAUAAGAGAAAGUAGAAAAGUAAUAAUAAUAAUAAACAGAAAAAUAAGUUUAUGAUGAAGAAUAAAUAAAACAAACAAUUUAAAAAUAAUUUGUUUAAGAAUCAGAAUUAAUUAAAUAAUUAUUUAAAUUAGAGGAUGCUUUAAUGCAAACUCAUCUAGAUAUAGUUGAAUAUUAAAAAUAAUAAAGUGUAUAAUUUCAAUAGAAAAUUGAAGAUCUAAUUAAUAAAUGCAAUGAUUAAAUAAAUAAUACAGAAAAUGAGUAAUUUGAAAUUGCUAUGAAAUAUAAAACAAUUUUACAAUAAAGAAGAAAAAUAUAUGACGUAUAAUUUAUUUGAUAAUUAAACUUAGUAAUGUAUGUAAAGUUAAUUUUAAUCAGUUAAGGAUGAAUUUAGAAAAUAAGUAUAAAAUAUUGAGAAAAUGAAAGGUUUAUAGAGUGAUAAAAGAGAAGAAGUAAUGAAGAAAUUUAAAGAAUUGGAAAUUGAACAUCUUAAAAAGAUGUCUAAUUAAAAAAAUGGAAAUUAAGUAUAAAUGGAUGAGGAAACUUUAAAAGAAAUUAAGAAAAAUAGAUUAUAGAGUUUAAAUAAAUAAAUAAAAGAUGGUAAAUUGUGA